AAUUUUCAGAAUUUAGACCAAUAAUGACGGAUUCUGGUAGUGAUGAAGAGGUUCAAAACAAAAUAAACCUGAAAGUGAAAACUACUACGGAAGGUUAUGAUAUUACGGUAUCGGAAAAAGCUACCGUUUUAAAGGUCAAAACAGUACUGUCAGAGAAAAUUAAUCAGCCGCCUGAAAAACUUUGUCUUAUCUUUUCCGGAAAGAUUUUAAAGGAUCAUGAGACACUCAGUAAACUUGCUAUUAAAGAUGGUAUGGCCAUUCAUCUUGUCAUACGUAAUUCGCAAAGGCCCGCUGCAGCUGGUACUACUUCUGGAACUGGAGCAGCUCAACAGAAUGCAACAAUGGGGGGAAACCCAAUGAGUGGUGCAUUGGGAAUGGCACAGCAUAUGAUGCAAAACCCGGAAGCAAUACGCGAAAUGACGAACAGUCCAAUAGUUCAGUCACUGUUAAACAAUCCAGACAUAAUACGGUCAUUGAUUGCCGAAAAUCCACAGAUUCAGCAGGUUAUUGAGGCAAACCCCGAACUUGGCCAUUUAUUGAAUGAUCCGGAAGUUAUUCGGCAGACGAUUGAGAUGGUGAGAAAUCCGAGUAUGUUCCAAGAAUUGAUGCGUAGUCGUGACCAAGCAAUACGGAAUCUUCAGGGUAUUCCGGGCGGACAGGCAGCGUUACAACGUUUAUAUCAAGAUGUACAAGAACCACUGUUGAAUAGUGCAACAAGUACUUUCGCUAACAAUCCCUUCGCAACUUUAGUAGAUAAUUCUAAUAAUACGGCGUCACGUAGUCAACGUGCCGGUGUUGAAAAUGCCGAAGCACUGCCAAAUCCUUGGGGUAAUGCCACCAAUACAUCUGGUUCCGCUCCUACCAACACAGGUGUUGGCAGCGGUGCUUCUCAAUCUUCGGCUAAUUUACUGGCUGGUAAGUUGAUUUUACUGCUGUAA